UAAGUUACAUCCUGUUUCCACGGAAACACGGGGACCCGGAAGUCAUUCCGAUUCCGCGGGUCUUUUGCGCCCACGCAGCUGCGCAAUACACCGUGUGCAGAAAUGGCGGGAGUAAAUACUAUGGAAAAGAAACUGGCUGAAUACAAGUGUGAUACAAAUGAAGCAAUAUGCUUGAAGCUUGUUCGCUUUCCAGAGGACAUGGAGGAUGAAAGCACUACGUUUCACCCUGAGUACAGCCACCAAACCUUUGGAGACGAUGAGGUCGCAUUUGGAUACAAAGGUCUUCAGAUACAGCUGUUCCACACUGCUGGAAACCUGAGCACGCUCUUCAAAGUGAAAUAUUCCUCAAAAGUCACUGAGGUGUUUGAUUGUGGAGGUGAGCCCGAUGACGUCGAAGGGAAGAUCCGGGAGAUCAUUCCCCCUGGGUUCACCUGCAACUCUGACGACUUUGUCUCACUGCUGGAGAAGGAGGCCAACUUCAACCCCUUCGGCACUUUGCUCCACACCUACACUGUCCACAGCGAGGAGGCGGGAGAUCUCACCUACCAGAUUCACAAGGCAGAUAUCAGUUGCCCGGGAUUCCAAGAGUACCACGAGCGCCUGCAGACCUUCCUCAUGUGGUUCAUAGAGACUGCCAGUUUCAUCGACGCAGACGACGAUCGUUGGGACUUCUUUCUUGUAUUUGAAAAGUACAAUAAAGAUGGGGAGACUCUCUACGCAACUGUUGGCUACAUGACAGUUUAUAAUUACUACGUGUACCCAGACAAAACCCGACCACGUGUAAGCCAAAUGCUGAUCCUGCCACCGUUCCAAGGAGAGGGCCACGGCGCUCAGCUGCUAGAGGCGGUGCACAGGUUUUACUGCAGCCUCCCCAAAGUCCAAGACAUCACAGCUGAAGACCCUUCUGAGAACUAUGUGAAGCUCCGAGACUAUGUGCUUGUCAAACUUUGUCAAGACCUGCCGUCCUUUGCUGCAGACAAGCUGCACCUUGGCUUCUCUGCUGACAUGGCCAGAGAGGCACAAGACAAGUUAAAAAUCAACAAGAAACAUGCAAGACGAGUAUAUGAAAUCCUGCGUCUAAGAGCCACAGACAUGAGUGAUGAAGACAAGGCCAGAGAUUACCGUCUGGAGGUGAAGAAGAGGCUUUUUGGACCGUACAGGAAAAACCAGCGAGAGCUUGCAAAAAUGAAGAAGUGCCUGAGGCCGGAGGAGCUAGUGUCCCACAUAGGUCAGAUGGACACUCAAACGCAGCACGAGGAGCUGGAGAAGAGUUAUCAGGUUGUGGUGGAAGACUACAGACGGAUCAUUGAGAGGCUAGCAAUGCAGGCCUGAUCAGACUGAGAUGUUUCUGGCUUAGAGCCCACAACACAGGUGGAGGUCUGCCCUGUCUGUACAAAGUCCCCCUCACCCCACAGACUUCAGCUGCAACCAAGAGAAUCUCCAGAUGUGACUAAAUCAGUUUUUAUUCAGGAGUGUCAUGGGUGUAUAGUAGCUGGUGUUGUAGUUCAAAAGGUCUGUUUUCCAGAUGAUGUAGAUACAGUAGAGGAGGGAUGUAGUGCAGCCCAAUAGGAGAGCCUUCCUCUGUCACGUGUUUAAUCAUGCUGUGUGUGAGAUUUAAUGAUGUGUAAUGUUUCACAGGUGACAAGAGGUCCUAUAAACCUCAGAGAAACAAGCUUCUUCUCCAUCAUAGACAUUUUUAAAGAGCUUUUUCAGACCAGUUCCCAGUGUGUUUUGAGGCACUUCAUAAUGAAAUUUAAAAAAUGGUUUUGUAUGUCUCUCACAUGGAGUGAUUUCUAUUAUAGCGUAGAAAAAAAUAAAACAGUAAUUUGCA